AUGGCAAUGAAUGAAAUUAGAGGGCAUAUUUGUAUUAAGAAUAUUGAGUGUGUGGCUAGCAUAGAGGAAGCAAUUGGAGCUUUCCUGAGCGAGAAGGCAUUCAUCAGCAUCCUAGACCUUAUCUGGUCCAAUAACAGGAACAUAACAUCAGACGAAGCAAAUCAAGACAAAGAGAUACUUGAAGUCCUCCGGCCACAUCAUGAACUGAACGAGCUAACUGUCAAGGCAUUUGCAGGCUCCUCCUUCCCAAAUUGGUUUAGUAGUCUUUCCCAUUUGCAAACCCUCCACUUGUCUGAUUGCACGAAAUGUGCGACUCUACCAGCACUGGGAGAGCUGCCUCAACUCAAGUAUUUAGAUAUUGGUGGUUUUCCGGCCAUUAUUCAAAUUAGCCAAGAAUUUUCAGGUACCAAUGGAGUUAAGGGGUUUCCAGCACUGAAAGAGCUCGUAUUUGAAGACAUGAGUAAUUUCAAAAGGUGGACUUCUGUACAAGAUGGUGAAUUUCUUCCAUCCCUCACAGAACUUGCAGUGGUGGACUGCCCGAAAAUAACAGAGUUCCCACCACUCCCAUCAAUGCUAGUGAAGCUCAAAAUUUCUGAAACGGGGUUCACUAUUCUUCCAGAAGUCCAUAUUCCAAACUCCCAGUUUCCAUCGUCAUUAGAAUACUUGCAGAUUCAUCAGUGCCCAAAGCUCACAUCCUUAAAGGAAGGACUGCUUAGCCAGCAAUUAUUGGCUCUCCAGCAGUUAACCAUCACUCACUGUUUAGACCUAAUUGACCUGCCAGUUGAAGGAUUCAGAUCCCUGUCUGCUCUUAAGAGUCUUCACAUCUAUGACUGUCCAAGACUGGCACCAUCAGGACAGCAUAGCUUGCUGCCCUCCAAGCUUGAAGACUUGCGCAUCAGCUCAUGCUACAACCUUAUCAACUCUCUUCUUCAAGAGCUUAAUGAGCUCCCCUCGCUGACACAUCUCACCACCGCUGAUUGUGCUAGCCUUCAAUCUUUUCCAGUAAAGCUCCCUGCGACUCUGCAAAAACUAGAGAUCCUCGAUUGCAGUAAUCUGAUCUACUUGCCUGCUGGUCUAGAAGAUGCAUCGUGCCUAACAGCCAUAACCAUAUUGAAAUGUCCUCUCAUACCAUGCUUGCCAGGGCGCCUUACAGGGUCACUAAAAGAACUGUACAUCAGAGAAUGCCCGUUUCUAUUGGAGAGUUGCCAAGAAAACAGUGGAAGAGAUUGGUGUAAUAUUGCUCAUGUACCAAUCAUUGAGAUCAGUGAUGAUACCAACAUGACCAACAAGAGAACACGAAGAAGAUUAUCAUGA